AUGCUAAGAACCUGAAUUUCCCUGAAUACUUGGAGCUAGGAAAGUAGCAUGAAGUGGCUUGUGCUCCUCGGGCUGGUGGCCUUCUCAGAGUGCAUAGUCAAAAUACCUCUAAGGAGAGUGAAGAUCAUGAGAAAAACCCACAGUGAAACAAACAUGCUGAACAAUUUCCUGAAGGAACAUGCUUACAGACUGUACCCGACUUCUUCUCCUGGCUCAAAUAUAACUACUCACCCCCUGAGAAACAUCCAGGAUAUGCUCUACGUGGGUAACAUCACCAUUGGAACACCCCCUCAGGAAUUCCAAGUUGUCUUUGACACAGCAUCAUCUGACUUGUGGGUGCCCUCUGUCUUUUGCACCAGCCCAACCUGUGUCUCACACGUUAUGUUCAGACAUCUUGAGUCUUCAACUUUCCGGCCUAUCAGAAAGACCUUCAGCAUUGAAUACGGUUCUGGAAGGAUGAAGGGAGUUGUUGCUCAUGACACCGUUCGGAUUGGGGACCUUGUAAGUACUGACCAGCAAUUUGGUCUAAGCGUGGCAGAAUACGGGUUUGAGGGAAUACCUUUUGAUGGUGUCUUGGGCUUGAACUACCCCAACUUAUCUUUCACUGGAGGCAUCCCCAUCUUUGACAACCUGAAGAAUCAUGGUGCCAUUUCUGAGCCUGUUUUUGCCUUCUACCUGAGCAAAAACAAGCCGGAGGGCAGUGUGGUGAUGUUUGGUGGGGUGGACCACCGCUACUACCAGGGAGCACUCAACUGGAUACCAUUGAUCCAAGCGGGUGACUGGCGUGUCCACAUGGACCGCAUCUCCUUGAAAAGACAGGUUAUUGCUUGUUCUGGCGGCUGUGAGGCCCUUGUGGACACCGGUACAUCACUGAUCCAUGGCCCAAGAAGACUGGUCAAUAACAUCCUGAGGUUCCUCGGUGCCACGCCACGGGGUUCCAAGCACUACGUUUCAUGUUUUGUGGUCCAUAAACUGUCCUCUAUUAUCUUCACCAUCAAUGGCAUCAACUACCCACUGCCAGCUCAAGCCUACACCAUCAAGGAUUCUAGCGACGACUGCUAUAUCACCUUUAAAGGAAACACAGCGAGUGCAUCUACAGAGACCUGGAUCCUGGGUGACGUCUUCCUGAGGCAGUACUUCUCGGUUUAUGAUCGAGGAAAUGACAGGAUUGGCCUAGCACAGGCAGUGUAAACGCCUGGAAUGAUUCAGGAAUCAGUAAGGCCACUCCUAACACACACUCACUCACACUUAGGGCACUCCUGCCCAGGAUGGUGAUGAAGUGUAUUUGGUGGUCUGCACACCCUAUUCUCAGUAAAGAAUGAAGUGUUUCACUCGUAACGGUGCUGAAA